CAACAAGCGACAGGAAAAAAAGUAACAGAGCAACAACAAUUACAACAACAGUAACUGGUGAAGAGGCGGCCUAAAGGCCAAUACCACAUACCGUGCCCCUCGCAUUCCCACAGACGUCUAAAAGGUAGUUUUCGUCUAGCCCGGAGCAGCGCUUCUGUAGGCGCAAAAGGCCGCAACCAUUCCUAUGCCAGCCCGCAAGGGGCUGUUAGCGCCCCAAAACACAUUCCUGGACACAAUUGCCACACGAUUCGAUGGCACGCACUCGAACUUUGUGCUCGGCAAUGCGCAGGCAAAUGGCAAUCCAAUUGUUUAUUGCUCGGAUGGGUUCGUGGAUUUGACAGGAUAUUCACGCGCGCAAAUUAUGCAAAAGGGCUGCUCAUGUCAUUUCCUUUACGGGCCGGAUACAAAGGACGAGCACAAACAGCAAAUUGAGAAAAGUCUCUUGAAUAAGAUGGAACUAAAGCUGGAAGUUAUUUUCUACAAAAAGGAAGGUGCUCCUUUUUGGUGUCUGUUUGAUAUCGUGCCCAUUAAAAAUGAGAAGCGCGAUGUGGUGUUGUUUUUGGCCUCGCACAAGGACAUCACACACACCAAGAUGCUCGAGAUGAAUGUGAACGAGGAAUGUGAUAGCGCUGCACUACUGGGCGCUAGAUUCCGUGCCGGCUCCAAUGCCGGCAUGCUGGGAUUAGGCAGCUUACCUGGAUUGGGUGGCCCACCGUCUGGUGAUGGCGGCGAUGCGGAGGCCGGAGAGGGUAAUAAUUUGGAUGUACCCGCUGGCUGUAAUAUGGGAAGGCGUCGGAGUCGUGCGGUUCUUUAUCAGCUAUCCGGUCAUUACAAGCCCGAAAAGGGUGGUGUCAAGACCAAAUUGAAGCUUGGCAAUAAUUUUAUGCAUGCAACUGAGGCUCCAUUUCCCGAAUACAAAACGCAAUCGAUAAAAAAGUCACGCUUGAUUUUGCCCCAUUAUGGGGUAUUCAAAGGCAUCUGGGAUUGGAUCAUACUCAUCGCAACGUUCUAUGUCGCAUUGAUGGUGCCAUACAAUGCGGCAUUUGCCAAAGCGGAUCGCCAGACUAUGGUUUCCGAUGUGAUUGUGGAGGCACUUUUCAUUGUCGAUAUUUUAUUGAAUUUUCGAACAACCUUUGUCUCACGCAAAGGUGAGGUCGUAUCCAAUUCCAAACAGAUUGCCAUCAAUUAUUUCCGUGGAUGGUUUGCCUUGGAUUUAUUGGCCGCACUGCCCUUUGAUCAUCUAUACGCCUCCGAUUUGUAUGAUGGCGAGGAAUCGCAUAUUCAUCUUGUCAAAUUGACGCGUCUGUUGCGCCUGGCGAGACUGUUGCAAAAAAUUGAUCGAUAUUCACAGCACACGGCCAUGAUUUUGACUCUGUUGAUGUUCUCCUUCACACUGGCUGCCCACUGGCUGGCCUGCAUCUGGUAUGUCAUCGCUGUAAAGGAGUACGAAUGGUUUCCCGACAGCAACAUUGUCUUGUUCACAGGUUGGCUACAGCUGCUUGCCGAGAGAAAAAAUGCCACAGUUGCCAUACUGACAACGGCUGAAACUUACUCGACAGCGUUGUAUUUCACAUUCACCAGCCUCACAUCUGUGGGAUUUGGCAAUGUGUCGGCGAAUACAACGGCCGAGAAGGUCUUCACCAUUAUAAUGAUGCUGAUUGGCGCUCUGAUGCAUGCCGUGGUCUUUGGUAACGUGACGGCCAUUAUACAACGCAUGUACUCACGACGCUCCCUUUAUGAGAGCAAAUGGCGGGACCUGAAGGAUUUCGUAGCUCUGCAUAAUAUGCCCAAAGAGUUAAAGCAGCGCAUUGAGGACUACUUCCAAACGUCAUGGUCACUCAGCCAUGGUAUUGAUAUCUAUGAGACGCUGCGCGAAUUUCCGGAGGAGCUGCGUGGCGAUGUCUCCAUGCAUCUACAUCGUGAAAUAUUACAGCUGCCGAUAUUCGAGGCAGCUUCCCAGGGUUGCUUGAAAUUGUUGUCAUUGCACAUAAAGACAAACUUCUGUGCACCCGGCGAAUACUUAAUACACAAAGGCGAUGCACUCAACUAUAUUUAUUAUCUGUGUAACGGCUCCAUGGAGGUGAUCAAGGACGACAUGGUUGUGGCCAUUUUGGGUAAGGGCGAUCUGGUGGGCUCGGACAUAAAUGUGCAUCUGGUUGCCACCAGCAACGGACAGAUGACCGCCACCACCAACAGUGCUGGACAGGAUGUUGUCGUACGCAGCAGCAGCGACAUUAAGGCGCUCACCUACUGCGAUCUAAAGUGCAUCCACAUGGGCGGUCUGGUGGAGGUGCUGCGUCUGUAUCCGGAAUACCAACAGCAGUUUGCCAAUGACAUACAGCACGAUCUGACGUUCAACUUGAGGGAAGGGUAUGAGAAUCAGGAAUCGGAUAUUGGACCCACAUUUCCACUGCCCAGCAUCAGUGAGGAUGAUGAGAAUCGUGAGGAUGGCGAAUGCAGCGGCGAAGCGGAUAAAGAGAAUGGCACAGGCGGCGGAGGAGGGGCAGGAGGUGCUGGGGGUCCACUUUCCGCCUCACCCUCCCCGCAUCACAGCAUUACACGCUCGCCGUUGCUGGGCAUGAACAGCCCCAGACAUCAGCGACUGCAUCAACGUGGACGCUCCCUGAUAACGCUGCGGGAGACAAACAAGCGACAGCGUCCUUUGAACAUGGCGAGCAGCUUGGAUCGCGGCUCCUUCGAGGAGGCAGAGCCUUUAGCCGAGGAGGAAGCAGGUGGCAAGCGUCCUUCGCUGGAGCGUCUCGACUCGCAGGUGUCCACGUUGCAUCAGGAUGUGGCCCAGCUCAGUGUGGAGGUGCGCAAUGCCAUAAGCGCUCUGCAGGAAAUGACCUUCUCAUCCGCUGCAAUGAACUCGCACGGUUCCCUCAAAUUCCCCCCCGCCCGCUCCAUACCCAACAUCAGCGGAGUGGCAGCGGGAAGAGCUGGUCUCGGACUUGGACUCGGUCUGGGCUUGGCUGCCGACGAAAUUCCACUGAUGGGCGGUAAUCUGGCAAUGGGCGCAACUGAGGCGUCUUCAAUGCAACGCAGCUCCUCGCAUCCGCCGGAGGUUUGGGGCCGUGAAAUGCAAUUGCCAGCGCCUGUGAUUACGGCGCCCAGCUCCAAGGCUGCCACGCCGGAGGCCACAACGAAGACGAGUCGCAGCUGCCAAACGGAUUUCUAUCGCAUCGAUUUUCCCACCUUCGAGCGCUUUGUGCUGGCCAAUCCGCGUCUGGUUUUGGGCCUGCUGGGCAUUGAGCCGGCCAUCAAGACGGAAAUUGAGUUGCUGCAACAGAAGCAGACGUUGCAAAUCUCGCCCUUGAAUACCAUCGAUGAGUGCGUAUCGCCGCUGGCCAUGGAGCCGACCUUGAGCAGUUCCAAGGAGCGUCUGUUGGGUCCACAACAAACGGAGAUGUCUGGACGUGUUUAUCCACCAUUGGAUGAUGAGAAUUCCAAUGAUUUUCGCUGGACCACGAAGCAUUCCGUCAGUCAUCAGAGCUGUUGCAAGAGCAGCGAGGCGGCGCCACUUGGUCAGGAAAUGUUGCACGAGCAAUUGCAACAGCAGCAACAACAACAGCAGCAGCAGCAGCGCAGCAAACGCAGCGUGCGUCGCAGCGGCAGCGGUGGCAGCGGUGGCAGCAACUCGAGUCUGUCCAGCAGCAGCUCCAGCUCGAACUGUCUUGUCUCGCAGAGCACGGGCAAUUUGACGACCACCAAUGUCUCGGUGCACUGCAGCAACAGCACGCACAGUGUGGCAAAUACGCGUCGUGCCUCCUGGAAGCUGCAACACUCGCGCAGCGGCGAAUAUCGUCGUCUGUCCGAGGCAAAUGCCGAGUACUCACCGCCAGCCAAGCUGCCACUGCCACAAACGGUGGCAGCUGCCAGCAGCUAUGCGGAGGAUGAAAGUGUUGAGCUCUUGGGCUCGAGACGUGGCAGCCGCAGUCGCGUCCUGCUGGGCGUUAACCAGGCACAUGGACCCGGACCCGGACCGGGACCGGGACCGGGACAAACAAUGAGUUUCCGCUUUUCAGCCGGUGAUGCCGACAAAUUGGAGAAAGGACUGCGCGGUCUGCCAUCCACGCGUUCUCUGCGCGAUUCAAGCCUCAAAUAAGCGAGCUUCUUCAUUGUUUAUGGCUGGCAUUUUUGUUUUGUUUUGGCAGCUGGCAGUGGGCUUAGAUAUGGGUUUAGACACGGUCACAACAGGGGGGGAUUAGGGCGGGGGCUGCCAUACGACUCGAAUAUUGCCACACGUGGGCACUAGAGAGUGUGUGUGUGUGUGUGUGUGUGUGUGUGUGUGUGUUCGUGCAUGUAUUCGCUGACGUGCGUGAUUUAUUUGCUAAUUAAUACUGAAAUACGAAGACGCUUGGACU